GCUGGUGAAUGACUUAUGUGGUCCUGUGCCCUAAAGCAUGACUUCUCUCUGCAGCUGCUCACGAGCCCUGCUGCUGUGACCUACCAGCUUGCAGCUCAGGUGCUGGAUGAUCUGGACGACGAGGACAUUGGGUUUGCUCUGGUCGAUGAGAAAAAGGACUCAGCCGUGGCCAAGAAGCUGGGUCUGGAUGAAGUGGAGAGCAUAUACAUUUUCUCCGACAACGAGAUCAUCGAGUACGAUGGCGAGCUUGCUGCAGACACCCUGGUGGAGUUCUUGUACGACGUGAUCGAGGACCCCGUGGAGAUCAUCGACAACGAGCGGGAGCUGAAGGGCUUCUUCAACAUCGACGAGGACAUCAAGCUGGUGGGCUACUUCAAGAGCGAGAAGUCUCCUCACUUCAUCGAGUACGACGACGCGGCCGAGGAGUUUCACCCCUUCAUCAAGUUCUACGCCACCUUUGACCCCAAGAUUGCCAAGAGACUGAAGCUGAAGCUGAACGAGGUGGACUUCUACGAGCCCUUCAUGGACGAGCCCGACACCAUCCCAGGGAAGCCCUACAUGGAGGCGGAGCUUGUGGACUACAUCGAGGAGCACGACAGGCCUACCCUGAGGAAGCUGGAGCCUCACAGCAUGUACGAGGUCUGGGAGGAUGACAUCGACGGCGAGCACAUUGUUGCCUUCGCUGAGGAGGACGACCCAGAUGGUUUUGAGUUCCUGGAGAUCCUGAAGGAGGUGGCCCGCGAGAACACGGACAACCCCGACCUCAGCAUCAUCUGGAUCGACCCUGAUGAUUUCCCUCUGCUCGUGCCCUACUGGGAGAAGACCUUCGGUAUCGACCUGUCCUCUCCUCAGAUCGGAGUGGUGGAUGUUGAGGAUGCCGACAGUGUGUGGUUGGAGAUGGACGAUGACGAGGACAUGCCCACUGCUGACGAGCUGGAGACCUGGGUCGAGGACGUCCUGUCUGGGAAGAUCGACCCUGACAACGAUGACGAGGAUAAUGACGACGAGGAUGAUGACGAGGACGACGAGGAUGAUGAAGACGAUGAUGAAGACGAUGAGGAUGAUGACGAGGAUGAUGAGGAAGAUGACGAGGAUGAUGAGGAUGAUGAGGAUGAUGAUGAUGACGAGGACGAUGACGACGACGAAUAAAUGUUUACAACCGUUUGGGGUUUUGCUCUGCUCUGGCCGACAGUGGUCUGAAGCUCCUUUACUACACCAAUAUUCUGAUUCCUAACAUAUUUUCAUAAACGCAUUGUGAUGUCACCUUCCAUUUCCUCCCCGUACCGCAUCCCUUGUAAGCUCUAGUCAGACAAUCUAGUGAUGACGUCCAACAGCUGAGAGUCAGGGCGCAGAGUAAGGCACGGAGGAAAGGUGUGUUUCCUCGCCGGAAAAAAACGACCGAAAAAACCCCCCAGAAUUCACAGUUGAACAUUGUCCACCUUGUGUUCUUCAGCGGUGUCUUCCUUGUUCAUGGUGUUGCGUCUCACUCCUUACUGGCCGUCUGUGAGUGUGAGGGAGGACAAGGGUGUAUCUAUCUAAAGAAGGGGAAGAUUUGUCAGUUCUCUAUAUCUUCUUGUUGUUCUUCCUCCUGUCACACACACCUGGAUCGACCUUCACACUCCUUGUCGUGUCCCCUGUUCUUCUUCAACCGACAACUACGCUGUCCUCUGGUUAACUAAGAAGAAAUUAAUACCCUUAUUGUGCUAUUUUUUUAAGAGAAAGUAACCUAACCUCACUGGAAAGUCUUAAGAAUAUCAGCUGUUUGGGAAGUAAUUAAGAUCUUGAAAUUCACAAAAAGACUAAAUUGAAUGUUUCUUGUCCAAAACUGAAGGAAAAAAAAAAGAAUUUAAAAACCAA